AUGGAUAUUGCUGAAAUCCUACUGUCACAAUUUCCUAAUCCUCAACAUCCUUAUGUUGCUAAAAAUGGUGCCUAUACAUGGAAAGCCUGCCAAAAGUGGGAUCUGCAUUAUCUGUCAGGGAGAAUAAAAAGUAACUUGAAAUUUCGUCUGGCUAAAAAAGAAAGUAUCGAAGUACAGUGGGAGACAUCUUGUCCGUCUGUUAAUGCAACAUUAUCAGAAUUUAAUGAAUGGAUAGAUGGUGUAGACAAUAUGAGUAAUCCUUUUUCUAAGUACCCUAAAGAAUCUUGGUGGGCUUAUGCGGAUUACAUAUAUAUGAAUCAGUCACCUGAUUUUCAAGGUUUAGUCGAAGAUUUAUCGUUCCAAGAAUUGUUCCCGUUUCUAAAAAGUAAUAUCAGUCCAACAUUUUGGCUUGGAUCGUCUAAAGCUCAUACCAUUUGUCAUCGAGAUACCUACGGAGUUAAUCUGGUAGUACAAAUCAAAGGGUCCAAACGCUGGAUAUUAUUUCCACCUUCGGAUAGCCCACAUAUGUAUGAAACUCGAUUACCUUUAGAAGAAUCUACUGUUUUUAGCAAAGUUAAUUUCACAUUACCUAACUGCAAAAAACAUCCUCUCAUAUUAAAAACAACUCCCUAUCCUGUAACACUUUAUCCAGGAGAUAUUCUUUUUGUCCCAAGAAAUUGGUGGCAUUUUGUUGAAUCAUCAUCUGAAUAUGAUUUUACUUGUUCAGUAAACUUAUGGAUUGACCAACCUUCACUUGAUAAUAAAGCACGCCUUAGAGAAUGUCUCACACAAUUAGUCGGCUUUUCUUUGUUAUCUAAUUAUGAUCGUAGUGAUCAUAAAGUUUUAUUACAUCCAUCUGAACAAGCAACAUAUGAAAAUGAGUUUUGGUUUAAACAACUAUUGGAUUAUCUAUAUAUACUUUUUCAUCAAAAUCCAAAUGAAUCGUCUUCCAAUGGAGAAGAGAAUCUAGAAGAACCUUCAAAACAAGCUAGGUUUUCUAGUAUCAUCAAUUGGACACCUUUAACUUCAGAAAAGCUAGACAGUUUAUUUAGUAUUUCAGAAGAAAAUUCCACAUCCGAUGUUGUUAAUACUCUUAACUUCGAACAGAUUGUAGAUGCAUUCAUGAAACCUGAUGUUAUUGAGUUAGUUGCAAAAUACCUUGAAAAAGAUGUUGUAAAUAAAGAUUUGUAA